UUGGGCCUGUCUGCUGUACCUCAUGCAAACUGUUGUUGGACGAGUUAUGAUCUCCUUUGAUGAAGUGACUGGUAACCCCGGAGUGAAGGAUUUCCCCAACACUAGCAUAAAAAACAUGAAAGUCAAAAUUUCGGAUGGCAAAUACAACAGCUUGACUCACUAGACUCUUAUUGUAAAGUUUGGUCCUGGCCUCCUGGGUUGCCACAACUGAUAGAACGGCAAUAAAUGGAUUCUAUAUCAAUGAGCUGGUUCAAAGGAAUACUUGCCCAAAUGAAAGCUUGUUACAGAUCUAUUUGAGAAUCAGAACAGCGAUACUGCUUACCUGAACUUUGACCGGAAAAAGGUUGGAUUAAUGGUUCUCAAGCAUACAACUCAAAUGGCUCGUUCUGCACUGGACGAGAUGUCGGACACUGGUGCCUUUUUAAGAACUCCUUCAACAUUCCGUAAUUUUAUUUCCCGCGACCCAAAUUCUCCUUUUCCACCAGAAGCUGGAAGAUAUCACCUGUAUAUAUCAUAUGCUUGUCCCUGGGCAUCAAGAUGUCUUGCAUACUUGAAAAUCAAAGGUCUCGACAAAGCUAUCAGUUUCGCAUCGGUCAAACCCAUAUGGGAGGGAACAAAAGACACCGAUGAGCACAUGGGAUGGGUCUUUCCUGCAUCAGAAACAGAAGAACCAGGAGCUGAACCCGACCCUUUGAAUGGAGCAAAAUCUAUAAGAGAACUAUAUGAAAUUGCAAGUACAAACUACUCCGGAAAAUAUACAGUUCCUGUCCUUUGGGAUAAGAAGCUUAAAACAAUUGUGAGCAACGAGAGUGGAGAGAUUAUCCGCAUGUUCAAUACUGAAUUCAAUGAGAUAGCAGAGAAUGCGGCUUUGGACCUUUAUCCUCCUCACUUGCAAGCCCAGAUCAAUGAAGUUAAUGAGUGGAUAUAUGACGGAAUAAAUAGUGGUGUUUACAAAUGUGGGUUUGCUAAAAAGCAAGGGCCUUACGAAGAGGCUGCGAAGAAGUUGCACGAGGCUUUGGAAAAAUGUGAGGAAAUACUAGGCAAGCAGCGGUACUUAUGUGGAAACACAGUUUCUGAAGCAGAUAUCCGAUUGUUUGUGACCCUUAUUAGAUUUGACGAGGUUUAUGCUGUUCACUUCAAGUGCAACAAGAAACUGCUCCGCGAGUUCCCUAACCUGUUCAAUUACACCAAAGACAUAUUCCAAAUUCCGGGCAUGAGUAGUUCGGUCAAGAUGGAACACAUCAAGCGGCAUUAUUAUGGCAGCCAUCCAUCCAUUAAUCCCUUUGGGAUCAUUCCUAUUGGUCCUGACAUUGAUUUUUCUGCUCCUCAUGACAGGGAAAGGUUCUCCAACUAGAAUAAUGUACCUGCAAGUUUUAAAUUGAGGUGUUUGUUGCUGAGAAUAAUUUUGUUCACUUGUUUGUUGCUUGGUUUGUAUGUGUUGUUUUUCUUUCAACACGAAGAGCACUGAGAGUAAUCCCUGAAAGCCAGGAUAACUGGGCGAUCAAGUGUUUGUGAAAUACUGGAUUUGAUAUCGUUAUGGUGUCGAAUCGGUCAAAUAAUGAGAUAUGGACAUGCCAUGCAUCUCCUCUCUCACACACGCUUCAAACAUCUACAAAUCUGCUGUGUGUUGAAUUCCCAAUAUUUGAGAGCAUGUUGAUGAAGCUCAUAUUUUCAGGGUAAA